AUGACGAGCUACAGGGACCGCCCGAGGACGGGCUUCAUGGGCUUUUGCAACGGGUGGGCGGGGGAGGACGACUUUGAGCACGUCCCGCAGGCCAUCCACAUGUGCUCGCAGCUCCAGAUAUGCACAAGGCAGGACUUCUACGUCAAUGGCUACAAGUUGGAGAGCCGGAAGAUCAACUGGAUCUCGAACAACGGCAACUCAACCCCACCGACCGCGAGCUCAACGACGGGAUACCCUGCCGGAUGGACCCCAUGCGACCUGGAGGUGCUCAAGGCCAACUGCGACCUGAACCCCUCCUACACCGUCAACCUGCAGAGCCUGUGCAACUACUACAGGUUCGAUUACGCGAGGAGGAGCGUAGACACCAUCGCCACCCUGGUGAACGACGUGCUCUUCACCUACUUCAAGAGGGGCUGUAGCACCUGGGAGGACUACCAGAGAAGGGCGACCUGCGCGCUCAACCAUGCACAACACGGUGGACGUUACGGGAACGGGAGGAACGCGGAUUACAGGCCCAAGACCAUGCAGGACUUCCUCCUCAGCGCCGACGCCCUCUUUCCCGAGAGCAGCUCGCAGAUCAGCCUCAGCGCCGCGGAUCUCGGCGUGGCCAUCUACGACAACCUCUCAAAGGUGUGGGACGAGCAGACGGUGAGCUCGGUGAGGUACGCCGGCACUGUCGAUGUCCCGAACCUCUCCGUCCUGCAGAAAGAGGCGAUAUGGGCAGACCCCGGCUCCCGCCCCACGGGCACCAGCAGGAGGUGCAACACCACGAAUUGCAUUGGGAGCAAUGGGGAGGUCACGGUGUGCCUGGGAGGAACCUGUAACGUGAGGAUGGCCGACGUGCUCGUACACGCCAUCUCCGUCAUCCUCAGCAACAAGACGGAGGUGUUCUGCGCAUCCGACUAUGCCGCAGGAACUUCAUGGAACUGCCUCCCUUACUCCAACGGCGAGACGCUCAAGCAGUGCCUCUCCCACCACGAGAGGCCCUCGGCCUACGUCGUGAGCCAUGGGGAAUCCAUCCUCACCCGCCUCACCGCGGAGCAGGUGCUCUCCCCCUUCACCGCCCACUGGGCAGACUGCGAGAGGCCAGAGAGGGGGCCUGCGACAACUUCUCCCGCCUCGUGA